UCCUGGGUCUGGGGAUACGGCCCCUCCCGCAAGGGAAGGUUCCGGGGAGGAGAUGGGGUUAGGGAAGAGGGGGAUGGGCUCAGAGCAGGUAGUUGGGACAGGUCCUUCCUGGGUGGCUGCCCCCAAGCCCUCCAGCCAUCUUGAGGGUUCCCGGGUUUCCUCCCCCGCUGUAGGGGUCCUCGUAAGCCCGGGCAGGGGCGGGGCGGUGCCUCCCUCUCCCCCCCACCCCGGGGAGGGGUCUCCCCGCCCCUUCGGAUUCAGCCAAGCGGAGAUGAAACCUGAACCCAGGUUGGGGGCGGGGCUGGCUCCCGCUCCGACCGGGCUGGCCUGCUCCUUCAUCUCCCCUUUCCCUGCACCCCAGCCGCCUUCUGAGAGAGUAAGGUCGGGAUCCCCAAGCCGCUGGAGCAGGGCCCGCGAUGGAGCCCACAGCCCGGGGUCGCGCCCCGCCGUGAGCACCUGCUGCCCACAGCCAUGCUGCCCCGAGGGCGCCCCCGGGCGCUGGGGGCCGCAGCGCUGCUGCUGCUGCUGCUUCUGAUCGGUUUCCUCCUGUUCCGUGGGGACCUGGACUACGAGCGGCCGCGGCCGCGGGGGACUGCUGCUUUCGACGGAGACCCGCCGGCAGACCCCGGGGGCCGCAACGGCUCGGAUUGCACCCCGCCGCGGCCGCGGCCGCCCAAGUGCGAGCUCUUGCAGGUGGCUAUCGUGUGUGCGGGUCAUAACUCCAGCAGAGACGUCAUCACCCUGGUGAAGUCCAUGCUUUUCUACAGGAAAAAUCCACUGCACCUCCACUUGGUGACUGACGCCGUGGCCAGGAACAUCCUGGAGACGCUCUUUCACACAUGGAUGGUGCCUGCUGUCCGGAUCAGCUUCUACAACGCUGAUGAGCUCAAGCCCCAGGUCUCCUGGAUACCCAACAAGCACUACUCUGGCCUCUAUGGGCUAAUGAAGCUAGUGCUGCCCAGCGCCCUGCCCCCUGACCUGGCCCGUGUCAUUGUCCUGGACACAGAUGUCACCUUUGCCUCCAACAUUGCAGAGCUCUGGGCACUCUUUGCUCACUUUUCUGACAAACAAGUGAUUGGUCUCGUGGAGAACCAGAGCGACUGGUACCUCGGCAACCUCUGGAGGAAUCACAGGCCCUGGCCUGCCUUGGGCCGGGGAUUUAACACAGGCGUGAUCCUGCUGCGGCUGGACCGGCUCCGGCGGGCUGGCUGGGAGCAGAUGUGGAAGCUGACAGCCACGCGGGAGCUUCUCACCCUGCCUGCCACCUCACUGGCUGACCAGGACAUCUUCAAUGCCAUAAUCAAGGAGCACCCGUGGCUGGUGCGGCCCCUGCCCUGCGUCUGGAACGUGCAACUGUCAGACCACACGCUGGCUGAGCGCUGCUACUCAGAGGCGUCUGACCUCAAGGUGAACGGGGCAGGGGGACCGAGUGGUGGUGAUGGGCCCAGGAUGGGGACUCCUGCUCCCUGCUCCCAUCCCCCCCGCCGAUGCCCUCCCUGGUCCCAGGUGAUCCACUGGAACUCACCAAAGAAGCUUCGCGUGAAGAACAAGCAUGUGGAAUCCUUCCGCAACCUCUACCUGACCUUCCUGGAGUACGAUGGGAACCUGCUGCGGAGAGAGCUCUUUGGGUGCCCCCGCCCGCCCCCUCCUGGGGCCGAGCAGUUGCAGCGGGCCCUGGCACAACUGGACGAGGAGGACGCAUGCUUUGAGUUCCGGCGGCAGCAGCUCACUGUGCACCGUGUGCACAUCACCUUCCUGCCCCACAAGCCACCGCCCCCCCAGCCCCACGAUGUCACCCUGGUGGCCCAGCUCUCCAUGGACCGGCUGCAGAUGCUGGAAGCCCUGUGCAGGCACUGGCCGGGCCCCAUGAGCCUGGCCUUGUACCUGACAGACGCAGAGGCCCAGCAGUUUCUGCGUUUCGUGGAGACCUCGGUGGUGCUCUCCGCCCGGCAGGAUGUGGCCUACCACGUGGUGUACCGUGAAGGUCCCCUCUACCCCAUCAACCAGCUUCGCAACGUGGCCUUGGCCCAGGCCCUCACGCCUUACGUCUUCCUCAGUGACAUUGACUUCCUGCCUGCCUACUCCCUCUACGACUACCUCAGGGCCUCCAUCAAGCAGCUGGAGCUGGGCAGUGGGCGGAAGGCAGCUCUGGUGGUGCCCGCAUUUGAGACGCUGCACUACCGCUUCAGCUUCCCCAGUUCCAAGGCCGAACUGCUGGCCUUGCUGGACGCUGGGUCUCUCCACACCUUCAGGUACCAUGAGUGGCCCCGGGGUCACGCGCCCACAGACUAUGCCCGCUGGCGAGAGGCUCAGGCCCCAUACCAUGUGCAGUGGGCAGCCGACUACGAGCCCUAUGUGGUGGUGCCACGUGACUGCCCCCGCUACGACCCCCGCUUUGUGGGCUUCGGCUGGAACAAGGUGGCCCACGUCGUGGAGCUGGAUGCACAGAGCUGCCAUCUCCCCCCAGCCCAGGCAACGACUGUCCGCGUGCCCCACUCCCCCAGGAAUACGAGCUGCUGGUGCUGCCCGAGGCCUUCAUCAUCCACCUGCCGCACGCCCCAAGCCUGGACAUCUCCCGCUUCCGCUCCAGCCCCACCUAUCGUGACUGCCUCCAGGCCCUCAAGGACGAGUUCCACCAGGAUCUGUCCCGCCACUAUGGGGCUGCUGCCCUCAAAUACCUCACUGCCCUGCAGCAGCCCCGAGGCCCCACCUGACCUCACACCUGCCCCCGGCACACUCCCUGCUGACACUGGAGCAACCUUGCUGCCGCCCCACCCUCCCUGCUAUUUAAAUUAUUUAUGGUCUCGGUGGGAAGGGCUGGGACGGGGCCUCCCUUCGCUGCUAUCCUAUGGCUGGGGUCUAGUGCUCCUCUGCCCCAGCUGGUUUGGGGCUGGUUCCUGCAUCCUCACCUGUGACAUCCCUUUUUCACAAGUAAAGUUUUAACAG